AUGGCCAAGAACGCGCUGGCUAAGGAGCAGUUCGUCAAGCUCAUUGUCGGAGCUGGCCAGGCCAGUCCCAGUCCCCCCGUCGGUCCGGCGCUGGGUAGCAAGGGUGUCAAGAGUAUGGACUUUUGCAAGGAGUUCAAUGCCCGCACCGCCCACAUGAAUGUCGGCGUCCCCAUCCCGGCGCGCGUCACUGUCCGUCCCGACCGAUCCUUCGCCUUUGACCUGCGCACCCCGACCACCACCUACCUGCUGCUGAACGCGGCCAACGUCGAGCCCCGAAAGAACCGCAUCCGCGGUGCGAUGCGCCCCGGCCACGAGACCUGUGGCGAGAUCUCGCUCAAGCACGUCUACGAGAUUGCGCAGAUCAAGCACAGCGAGACCCGGUUAUCAGGGCUGAGUCUGCAGGGUCUGUGCAAGAGUGUCAUCUCGCAGGCCAAGUCCAUUGGCAUCAAGGUCGUCCCGUGA